ACAGGGAUUUGAGUCCGCGAUAGUCAGCACUGGGCGGAGUAGCAGAGCAGCCGGCGUAGAGUAAUCAAGUCACGUGCGGUCUACGCGUAGAUUGGCAGACGCGCGUGCGCAGUGCAAAACAGUCAAAAAUAGCCCCUGGGCUCAGUUCACUUCGCUCAAAGCCCUCUUCCUCGUCACAUCUCUCUUGCUUCCCCAUUGCCCCAGACCUGCUCAGCUCUGCUCAGUGCUGUUCGAGUGCGCGUGAAGAGAAACAGAUUCACACGUCGUUGCAAUGCCGCGAUCACCUACCUACCGCGUCGUGCGAUUGACCAUCAUCGUCUUCGUCCUCGUCGUCGUGGUCUACAAGCUCGCCAGCCCUGCAAACAUCAAUGCGCUCUCGCAAGCAGGCGGCUACUAUGGCUCCAGCCCUGUUGUUGUCUCGAAGAUUGAGGACAAGAAUACAGAGGACAAGGGCGCUGAUGUGAAGAAGACAGAGGAGAGCAAAAAGGAGGAGAAGACGGAGGUGAAGCAGGAGUCCAAGCCCGAAGAGAAGGCAGAGGCAAAGUCUGAAGAGAAGAAAGAGGAGGCAGAGACCAAGCCUGAGGAGAACAAAGAGGAGGCCAAGGUCGAGACCGAGCAAAAUCCUGAGGAGUCAAAGGAAGAAAACACCACGCCCGCGCCUCCUCCGUUCAACGACGGCGUCGGCCCGACAUACCAGCACGCCAACGCGACCUUUGUCACGCUUGCGAGAAACGAGGACAUUUGGAGUCUUGUCAAGUCAAUCCGCAACGUCGAAGAUCGAUUCAACCACAAGUACCACUACGACUGGGUGUUUUUGAACGACGACGACUUUGACGAGGACUUCAAGGAGAUCACGACCUCGCUCGUCAGUGGAACGACAAAGUACGGCAAGAUCCCGAAAGAGCACUGGGGAUUCCCGGAGUGGAUCGAUAAGGAGAAAGCCGCCAAGACCAGGCAGGAGAUGGCCGAGAAGAAGAUCAUCUACGGUGACUCGGUCUCGUACCGCCACAUGUGCCGUUUCGAGUCUGGUUUCUUCUACCGCCAGCCGCUGCUGCUGGACUACAAGUACUACUGGCGUGUGGAGCCUGAUAUCAUCUUGCACUGCGACAUUGACUAUGAUGUCUUCAAAUUCAUGGAGGAGAAGGAGUACGACUACGGUUUCACCCUCUCUCUCUACGAGUACGGCGAGACUAUCGCCACGCUCUGGGACUCUGUCCGCAAGUUCAUCAAGGCCCACCCUGACUACCUGGCCAAGGACAAUCUCAUGGACUGGCUUUCCGACGACGAAGGAUACUCCUACAACCGCUGCCACUUCUGGAGUAAUUUCGAGAUUGGCAACCUCGACUUCUGGCGCGGCAAAGAGUACAGCGAGUUCUUCGACUUCCUCGACCAAGAAGGCGGCUUCUUCUACGAGCGAUGGGGUGACGCGCCCGUCCACUCGAUCGGCGCCGGCCUCUUCCUGCCAAAGGCCAAGGUCCACUACUUUGACGACAUCGGAUACUGGCACGUGCCGUUCUCCAAUUGUCCGACCAACAGAGAAGACCGCACGCGACUCAAGUGCUCGUGCAACCCGCGCGAGAACUUUGCCUGGAAGGGAUACUCGUGCACGCCCAAGUUCUACAACGUCAUGGGCAUGGAAAGACCUAGCGAGUGGCGCACUCAGAGCUAAAUGGCUCUUACAUCUACAUCGCUCGGAGCUAGGAGCUAGGAGCAAAUAUGGUAUUUCUUAUAAAACAUUUUAUGAAGCUCUAUGAGCUGCUUAUUCUCACUUAUCUUAUGGACUGUCUGUUUCAAAAUGAUCUCUCCUUAUCUCCUUACAUGAAACGUUUACUAUUAGGCUUUGGGUUUGGCGCGGUAUAAACUAAGCACCUAAUCCAACAUUUGUAACAUAGCCAUAUUAAAGCUAGAAGCUAGAUCAUAAAUAUAUAUGCUUAUAACCACAUAUUUAACUGUGGCUAUGUAACAGUAAUAAACUGCUACGCACUCGAUAUUAGGUC